AUGUCUUCUUGCAAUUCCAUUCAACCAAAUCCAUCCUUUCACUCCUCUCAAUGCUCACUUGUUGAAAACGAACAAUCAGAUCCGAGACGAGCACUCCCUGAAGGAAUCGAAAUGGGAAAAGAAAGUAUGAGUGGAAAUUGUAAUAUUAACUCGGAUGUGAAUGCCUUGUUGGGAUUCAAAGAUGAAUCUAUGGAAGAAGAUUCCUCAAUGAGAGGACGAGAGGAUGCUAAUGGGAAAACACCUCAAAUAGAUGAUUCGAAAUAA